CUCUAGAAGAAACUCCAUUGAUCUUCCUUACCAGCAGAGCAGAGAGAGAGAGAGAGAGAGUUGAAACUUAGAUUUCUUUGAGAACCCAAGAGAGGAAAAGAGAAUGGCAGAGGAGGGAGGAAGCAAGAAGAAAGUGAUGGUGGCCAUUGACGAGAGCGAGUAUAGCCAUUAUGCCUUGGAGUGGGCUCUCACUAAGCUUGGCGAACCCGUCUCUAACUCUUCACUCGUCAUCUUUACCGCAGAGCCCCGGAGCGAAAUCAAUUACAUCGCCGCCGCUUCCUACGGCGCUGCUCCUCCGGAGUUGAUUAUGUCUGUUCGAAAGCAUCAAGAUAUGAUUGCAAAAGCCCUCUUGGAAAAAGCUAAGGAAAUUUGCGCUGCUCAUGGGGUAACUGCUGAGACAAUUGCACAAGUUGGCGAUCCCAAAGAGGUCAUAUGUGAAGCUGUUGAAAAAUUAAAUAUUGAUCUUCUUAUUGUUGGUAGCCAUGGCCGGGGAUUUCUACAGAGGGCUUUCCUUGGGAGCGUGAGCAGCUACUGUGUUCAUAACGCAAAUUGCCCAGUUCUUAUUGUGAAGAAACCAGAAUAACUGUUUCUGCCAUUAGCAUAAGCAAUCAAAUG